AUGUCGAGAAGAACUUCAAUGAUCGAUGCUAUGAAGCUUCGAUCGACCCGCAAUAUGGAGUCCUUUCUGCAUUCUGCCUCAGAAUUAUCGAACCAUGACAAUGACAUUGAAAAACCGGCGGAAAAGAAGCGAUGCGUGGAUAUUGAUGGCCACAAGGUGAUCUUCACUUUGGUGAAGAACGAGACACAACGACCAAAGGCUAGCAGGAAGGAGCGACAGGAGUUUGAAAUAACCAACAAGAAUGUCAAGUUGCCAGGCAAUUGUCACGAACGAAAGAUCAGGAGGUUCUUAUUGACGUUUGACAUCCCAGCCUUGACUGUCAUGUACCUUGUUUCAUUCGUGGUCAUGAAUGCUUGUUUCGCUGGCUUAUGGUCAAUUGAGAGUGAUGGGUGCUGCGGGGAUGGGAGUAUGACAUUUUGGCAACACUUUGACUUUGCCGUGCAGACAUCCUCAACCAUUGGAUAUGGCGGGUAUUGGCCGCGAGGCUAUUGGAACAACACUUUGGUUGUCCUUCUCACUGCAUUUUCCAUCCUUUUUUCCACUGUUUAUGCUGGACUGGUUUUCUUCAAGUUCAUCACGCCGGAAGCUAACAUCGAAUUCAGCGAGGUCAUGACCUUGUCCAAUGUGAUGGGCCAAUCUUGCAUCGAGAUUCGUGUUGGAAAUGUAGAUGCCAGUAGCAACAAGCUAAUCAACGCCGAGGCAAGCUUAACUGUCGUAUCGCAUCAAGAAUAUCAAAGCGAAGACGAAGGUGACAAAGUUCUAAAGAUAUCGCAACCUGAAGAUUUGAAGCUAGCAGUUACUUCACAACACUUGUUUUUCGGUGUUUGGACUUUGCGACACUUCAUUGAUGAAACUAGCCCAUUGUAUGGUUUCCGAUUUGACGAGUUUCCUGGAAGCACUAUUAUUGGAUUUCAACUGAACAUCAAGGCGAUCCAAUCAUUGACAAAGGGGGAAGUAUAUGCACAAACUAGGUACCAGGUGGAAGACCUCUUGGUUGGACAUGCCUUUGAAGACCAAGCAAUUUGGGAGACUGCCAUUCAAACUGCAGUUUUCGAUUAUGACAAGAUGAGUAGUACACGUCCAUCUUUCGUUUGGUACCCACAAAAGAAGGAUAUUUUGGACUGCGGCGAUGCAGUUGUCAGCGCCUAA